AUGGUCGCCAACGCCGGGAUCAUUAUCCCCAAGUCAAUGAUGGACACUGACUUGGACGACUUCAGUCUCAUUCUCAACGUCAAUGUGAAAGGAACAUUUAUCUGCUAUCGGGAAGCCGCCCGACAAAUGAUUGCACAAGGCACAGGGGGCCGGAUUAUCGGCGCCGCCUCCCUAGCGGCCCAUCGGCCGUCACACGGUUCAACCCCGUAUGCAGCCAGUAAAUGGGCCGUGCGUGGAUUGACUCAGAGUAUGGCCUACGACUUGGCGGAAUAUGAUAUCAAUGUCAAUGGUUUGGAUCCACGUCUCAUAUUCUCCGCUGGAACGUUUCUCGCUGAUGUUGACCCAAAGCCUAUUAUGUGGGAGCAGAUUGAUGAAGUCAUGGGCAAAGAACAAGGACUGGCCAAGGGCGAAGCGUUUGCGAGAUCAGUCGAAGCUCGAUGCGCGCUGAAGAGACCCUCGGUCCCUGACGAUAUCGCCGCCUUGGUGAGCUUCCUGGCCGGACCGGGUUCGCGCAACAUCACCGGCCAAGCCCUGAUUGUCGAUGGAGCGGAGCAUAAGGACGGAACAGAGCAUGGCGCCAGGAUGAUCACAAUAGCAACUGUAUUUUCUAUCCUCGGAGCAUCUACGGAGGCGUUCGACCUGUAUCUCCUCAUUUACUACCACUUUCGAGAAAAUGAUGGAAAAUCCGAUGCCGCUUACCCACAGGUAGUUCAUGGUGCGAUAAAUUGUGCGAGAUUAGCCCGAACGGCCCUUCAGAUGCAAAUUUCCCUCGCAAUGUUUGGAGAUGUCCGGGGCAUGCUCCUUUCUCGCUAUGGCCGACAGUCUAUGGCUGGCACAAUAACCUGGAAAUACCUCGAACGCGUCCGAAGUCAAUAUGUCUGCAUGCGAGGCAGAGACCAGACCAUUGAACCUCUGGAGUCGGUCGAAGAACAGGCUUAUUGGGCAGUUUCUGCCUUGGUCCUAAGCCGGGAUUAUCUCGGCAAAGAGUGUGGAGUGGCACCAGACUAUUGCAUGAAAUCCUGGAACGGCUCCAUCAUGGAUCACCUCUAUGAAACCCAGGACCAGCUUGAUCGAAAUCUGUCAUGGGCUUCCAAGCAGCUAUCUAUGUCCCGGGUCGACCAUUACGCUCAAGUAUUGGCUUGCUUAGUUCUUGAGGAAUGUGCAGUCAACGGGGCCAACUGUCCCAUUGGACCGGACCACACAGAGAGCGAGAAUCAUCAAGGCUUCCCCUGUGACUUGAAAGGUCUCGCUGUUGCCAUUCUUCCAUUCAUAUUGCGGACCGAAAUCAUUGUGGAGGCCAUAGAGGCUGUGUGGUGGCCGUCAACGCCGCUUCCCUCGUUUCUGUUUCACCAGGCGAUUCGGCUCAUGAGGCGAAAGAUUGAAAAAAGCCCGGCAUUCUACGAGAGGACAAUCCAGUCAGUCGUUGCACGUCUUUCCCCGACGUUCGAAGCGGGGCUAUCCGAGCCAUGUUUGAUUCCCAACAGCACUCUCAAACGAAUUGGUAUGAGGGUCGUCGGUCUUCUACCCUUGCCCACCACCGUGGUGCCAGAGAAGAUUGAAGAGCCCCGAAAUGCUCUUAAAAUACCGCAACCGACGUCAGCAUGUUCCGAAUCUCCAGAAGUGGGAAGAUUCUUCUUGAAUUCUAGGUCAUUGACGCUCGCACAAUCCUGCACCUCCUCCAACAGCUCAGAUUAUGGCAGGUUUCGGCGCACAACUUCUAGACUUAGGUCCAAUACUGCCGCCUCAACUACAACCCAGCAGACCGCUUCGUCAGGUCGGAUGAGUUUGCAGAGCAGCCUGGGGUUUUCUAGGGUCACUGGCCUUCCGUCGAAUCCCUCACUGACGAACAGUGACGAUGCCGUUUCCCUGGACGUCAGUAUGAGUGGGUAG